AUGCAUCGAAGUAACUUAAACCAUUAUAAACAUAAAUUCGAUACGGAUUAUUAUGGGGUAUUAGAGUUGAACAGAGAUUGCAAUGAUUUUGACAUUAAAAAAGCACGUCUGGCAAUACGUCAUCAGAAUCCCGGGAGAAAGAGUAAGAGGAAUGAGAAUAUUAAAGAAGUUUUAGCUCUGGUAGCUGAGGCGUACGAAGUCCUUUCAGAUCCACUCAAGCGAGCUAUCUAUGACCAGUACGGUGAGACGGGCCUGAAAAGAGGAAUCUCAGGACCAAAUGGUCAUAUACCACCCUACGUAUUCCACGGAGAACCACAACGUACUUUAAGAGAUUUUUUUGGAACGCUAAAUCCUUACGGUGAUCUGGUUAAUAUUCUCAAUGACCCCCAGACAAUGGAAAUUAUUUAUAAAAAAUGGACAGCCGAUAAACCCAAAGAUGACCCGAUUAAAAAAUCUUUAGCGUUGACAUUGAAAGAGAUAUUUUUUGGUACUUUAAAAGAAAUAAAAAUAAAAAAACGAGUAAUUGUCAAUAGAGAAGAAAUGAAUACGGUUUUAGAAGAAAAAAUUCUUUCUAUAUCCAUAAAACCAGGUCUUGCGACAGGAACGGAAAUUGUCUUUAGUGAAGAAGGUGAUCAAAGUCUAGAUAGGAUACCUGCGGACAUAAUAUUUGUCACUGAAGAUAGUCCGCAUGAGAUAUUUCGUAGGGAAGGUGAUAAUUUGCUAAUGACGGCUUCAGUUUCUUUAAAAGAUGCACUCGUUGGUACAGUUAUUACUGUAAAUACUCUAGACGACAGAAUUAUUCGUGUGCCGAUAACUUCAAUAGUCACGCCAGACUAUCGGAAAUGCAUACCCAACGAAGGACUACCUCUUGUAAAGGAUGAAAAAGAACGCGGUGACCUUUUUAUUUGCCGAUUACAAGUAAAUAUUACAUUGAAAAAGCACUUGACAAAACCACUCAAGAAAAUUUAA